AUGGCUCCAACUCUUUUAUUUGACUUCAUUCUUGCUGGAAAUUUAAUCAAAGACCCAAACACCCCUGAAACACCAAUUAUUGUUCAAGCAAACAAUGUCGCCUUCUCCGACACUAUUGCUCCUCAACAUCAAGGUUUAGGCUUGGAAGAUUUCGUUAAUUUCUUCAUGCGUUUACUGUUGCACUGUCCACUAAGUAAUGUUCCCAAGCCUUUCUUCCAAAAACAAGUGUAUGAGUUCUAUUAUUCUUGCACUGUUGAUGUAAGUGGCCAAACUAUCUCUGAAAUUGUUGGAGAUGGUUACUCUAGGGCUCACAUCUCAGCGACCACUAUUUGUCAAGUUCUUCGUCUUCGUCUCAUGGUGGAUUAUGAAAGACCCCUUCUGAAGCAAGAUGCCAAUCAAUCCUACAACAUCUUAAUUAUGAUUUCUCUUACCAUGAUGGUAAACUUGACUCUAUGUAUGUUCUUCAUCAGAGUCUUCCUGCUAGCUGGAAGUAUGUUACAGGGGUGA